AAACCACCCGGCGCUCGGUGCCGCGGAGCGCGCAAGCGCAGUGCAGAGCUCAACGCCAGCAGGUUGAUUGUAGCGUAGCAUAACAUAGCUUAACAUAGCUUAGCAUGGCUUAGCUGGGGUUUUGUCUUUUAGCGUGCAAAGAUGCUUUUUAUAGCUCGCUCGAGUUGUUUAUUCAUCGCUCGAAUGAUUAGUGACUGAGAAAUAUCAUAUAUUUAUAUUGUCAACCAAAGAGCUUUAUUAUAUCAGCGAUGCUAGCUUAGGUUGCCAUGCUAAAUUGUAAAAAAACUAGCCAGAUAGGCACAUAGCUUACUGCGUUGCUAUGGGAUCAAAAAAGAUGAAAUAAUGUCUACUCUCUCCACGGAAUAGGAGAAAACUAUUGAGAGUGAAGCUGGAGGCGAGAGUCGGGCACUGCGUGUGCAGCAUCCAGCCCUGAUUUCCCAUCAUCCUGCGUCUCCGUCCUCGUGGCGCAGAGUGAUGACAUCACAGCGGCAAAGGCAUGCCAGCCGCACGCUUCCCGCUCCACAGAACUCCUCCUCGAGGAGCUCGAGCUCACGCUCGGGACCUUCGACAUCACGUGGUAGCGUGCAGGGCACGCUGCUUUCCUCUCGCUCACUUCACACGUGGCCAGAGGAGGCGGUGGACGACGCGUACGGUCUGUACUCGCUGCACCGCAUGUUUGACAUUGUGGGCACUCACCUCACGCACCGUGAGCGCGUCCUCUCCUUCUUGUUUGUGGACGUCAUCGAUGAGUACGAGCGGGGUGGAAUACGGGAUGGGCGAGACUUUCUGCUCGCGCUGGAGAGACAGGGACGCUGCGAUGAGACCAACUUCCGGCACAUUCUUCAGCUGCUGCGCAUCAUUACCCGACAUGACCUACUGCCUUACGUCACACUGCGCAAGAGACAGACAGUGUGUCCAGACCCGGUUGAUCAGUAUUUAGAGGAGACAUCUGUGCGCUACAUUUUUCCCAGAGGAAGCAGAACUGAGAGUCCACAGAUCCCACCUAACAGAUGCGCCGGUCAACAGCCUGUGAUUCGUUGCCCUUCUCCUGAAGUGUGUCAGCCACGCCCCAAACCGGCCACACCCACGCCGAACAGAAAGAGGAAAAGAGCUCACAGUGUGGCGGACUGUCGGGAGAAACAGACCUGCGAUAUACGACUGCGUGUCCGCGCUGAGUACUGCCAGCACGACUCUGCCCUCCAAGGCAACGUCUUCUCCAACAAGCAGGAGGCGCUGGAGCGCCAGUUUGAACGCUUCAACCAGGCUAACACCAUCUUGAAAUCGCGCGAUCUCGGAUCCAUCAUCUGCGACAUCAAAUUCUCUGAGCUCACCUACCUGGACGCGUUCUGGCGCGACUACAUCAACGGCUCGCUGCUAGAAGCGCUAAAAGGCGUGUUCAUCACAGACUCACUCAAGCAGGCCGUUGGGCACGAGGCCAUCAAACUACUCGUCAACGUCGACGAGGAGGACUACCAGGCAGGCAGGAGGAAGCUCCUUAGGAACCUGAUGAUGGGGGGAGGGGUGGGGCCAGGGCUGGGGCCAGGCUCAGGUUCAGCUGGCCAGGGGCCGGGAACUUUAUAAUGGCAAAGUGGAUUUUUGACUAUAAGCUUGGGGAACAGAUUCCUGAGAAGGGACUGCGUUGAAGGAGAGAGUCUGAUCAAGAACGUCUGAAAGAAAAGGAUUAAAAUGCUUUUUGUUUUCUAAAGUAUGACAAUAAAAAUAAUAACCGUAGACAAUUUUAUAUACAGAGAUCCUGGCUUCAUGGCAUUUAGAUUUCUUUAAUGUGCCACUAAAAACUUUCCAAACAAAUUUGAAAGUCUUCAGUUUGUCCAAAUAUGAAUCGUAAUUGUAGUCCAUCAGCCAAUAUUAGUUACAAUGUUAAUGAGUUGUUAUAGUUUAUCUCAUUCAGAAUAUUUUUUGCAAACAAAUAUGAUUCUAAACAUUCAAGAUGGCUGCCUUUAUAAUGCUCCAAAGUCAUGUUAAGUGGUGCUGUUACCGAAAGUUACACCGUAAACAUGUUUGUGUGACAGAAUUAAAUAACUGGAUGUGGGUUUAAAGCA